AUGUCUCUUGGGUAUGCCGAGAAGCUUUCCUACAUAGAAGAUGUGGGCAACGUUGGAAUGGUCGAAUACUUCGACCCAUCUAACGUUUUGCGAGAGAAAAUAGAUCAACUUGCUAUCAUGAUUAAAAAGAGUAAGCAUCUAGUGGUGUUUACAGGUGCAGGAAUAUCAACUUCUUGUGGCAUACCUGAUUUUCGAGGUCCCAAGGGAAUUUGGACACUUCAGCGUGAAGGUAAAGCCUUGCCUGAAGCAUCACUUCCAUUUCAUCGUGCAGCGCCAAGCUUGACACACAUGGCUCUGGUUGAAUUAGAGAAGGCUGGCAUUUUGAAGUUUGUCAUCAGUCAGAAUGUUGAUGGUCUCCAUCUUCGAUCCGGAAUACCAAGGGAGAAACUAGCUGAACUGCAUGGGAAUUCCUUCAUGGAGACAUGCCCUUCUUGUGGAGAAGAGUACUUUCGUGAUUUUGAGGUAGAAACUAUUGGUUUAAAGGAAACAUCAAGGCGUUGUACAGUUGCCAAAUGUGGGACAAGACUUAAGGAUACUGUCCUUGACUGGGAGUCAAGUGUUGAUCAUGCUGAUUGGAGGAAUAGUGAAUUGCUAGUUGUUGAUGCAUUGCCUCCAAAGGAGAUGAAUCCUGCUGAGAAGCACUGUAAACAGGCAGAUAUAGUGUUAUGCUUGGGUACAAGUUUACAAAUAACUCCAGCGUGCAACUUGCCUCUGAAAGCACUUCGUGGUGGGGGUAAAGUCGUUAUUGUAAAUCUCCAGAAAACUCCAAAGGACAAAAAAGCCAGUUUAGUCAUACAUGGGUUUGUAGAUAAGGUAAUUGCGGGUGUCAUGGACAAGCUUAAUAUGCAGAUUCCUCCAUUCGUCAGGAUUGAUCUUUUCCAAAUUGUUCUAGUGCAAGCUUUGAGCAACGAUAAAAGAUAUGUGAACUGGACUCUCCAGAUUGCAAGUGCUCAUGGACAGAGAGCGGCAUUGCCUUUCAUCGAGUCUGUUGAGGUCUCCUUCUUGGACAGGGAAGAUUACAAAGCAGCCAUUCUGGAUAAGCAACCAUUUAGGCUUAAAAGGAGAACAGCAUAUAACAAAGCAUUUGAAAUGGUUCUGAAACUCAACUUCAGUGAUGGCUGUGGUUGCUCAUCCCUUGAAAUUGAUGUCCCGGUUGAUUUUAAGGUUUCAACUGACUGCUUUGACUUUGAUAAGGACUACAUAUUCCAAAAGCUGAGAGACAAGGCAGUUCUUGAAUCAAGAUGUGGUCAGAAUGGUGUUAUCGAGAGAAAGACCAUCUUGACACCUAGAAGUGAUGUCACUACCUAUGCCAUUGUGACCAAUGUUGUUCAGUACAGCAAAACAUGUAAAGCAGCCCUCGAUUCUCUAAGUAAUGGUGAUCUUAAAAAAAGAAAAGCUAGUGUGACUGGAAGAAAAAAGAAGUUGUGUGUUUUCAAAGCUAUGGAGCAUGGAGAUUCUUUCUUUCACUAUGAUCAACAUGGGAAAUCUAGUUCUGGUUUAGCAAUUCCUUUGCAGCAAGCAAACACAGAAAUUGCAGCAGCAAUAAACUCAAAUGGAGGUUCAAACCCUAAUUUGAUUGUGAGAGAUAAGAGCAAGAUGCCAAUCACAAAUGUGACAAAAAUCAUGAGAAAGAUUCUUCCAAAUAAUGCAAAAGUUUCAGAUGGAGCCAAAGAAAUGAUUCAACAGAGUGCUACAAACUACAUCACCUUUGUCACUAGAAAAGCCAAGGAGAGAUGCCAAAGUGAGUAUAGAAAGAUUAUGAAUGCAGAUGACUUGUUAUGGGCCAUAGGAAAUGUGGGCUUUGAUGACUAUAUUGGGCCUCUCACUACUUUUCUCCAACGUUGUCGCUCCAUUGAAGGAGGUAUUAGUGGGCCUAGUUUUGGGCCUGAGCCCACCAUGGAGAUUCCUCACCCUCCUUUACCACCACCACCAGUUUCUUCAUCUGGGUCAGAUUUUUCCAUGCACCAAAACACAGAUCCUGAAAUGUUUGACUCAAAUGGUGUUAGUGGGUACCUAGAUGCUGUUGGUUCUUCAAAUAAUGCUUUCAUCAACUUUGAUCCUUUCUCUCUCUUCCAACAGGAUCAGCUCUGA